ACGAUGACCAGCAGGCUCAGCUCGUCCUCUGCAAAGGCACCAACACAGCAGCGUCACUCGGGGCCGGGGGCAGAGGAGCCCAGUGCAGCCUUGAUCGAGACCUUCCGGGCGCAGCUGAGGGACGACCCCGAUGUGGCCUCGGCCGUGGCCGCCAUCCGCGCCCUGCUGGGCUUCCUCAAGCAGGACCGAGGGGAGACCAUCCAGGGCCUGCGGAACAGCCUGCGGGACGCCAUCGACACGCUGUCGCGGGUGGACUCCUCGGUGGCCGUGUCGUCCGGCGGGGAGCUGUUCCUGCGCUUCAUCAGCCUCACGUCCCUGGAGUACUCGGACUACUCCAAGUGCAAAGAAAUCAUGAUCGAGCGCGGGGAGAUCUUCCUGAGGAAAGUGUCUCUCUCGAGGAACAAAAUCGCCAAGCUGUGCCACCCGUUCAUCAGAGAUGGUGCUAGAAUCCUGACCCACGCCUACUCCAGGGUGGUCCUCAGGGUGCUGGAAGCGGCUGUGGAGGCAAAGAAGCGAUUCAGUGUUUAUGUUACUGAGUCACAGCCAGACCAAGCAGGGCAAAAAAUGGCAAAAGCCCUGAGGAAGCUGAACAUUCCCGUGACUGUGAUUCUGGAUGCUGCAGUUGGCUACAUUAUGGAGAAAGUGGACCUGGUGUUGGUUGGUGCUGAAGGUGUGGUUGAAAGUGGAGGCAUUAUCAACAAGAUUGGCACUAAUCAAAUUGCUGUGUGUGCCAAAGCCCAGAACAAGCCAUUUUAUGUGGUAGCAGAAAGUUUCAAGUUUGUGAGACUUUUCCCUCUAAAUCAGCAGGAUGUCCCUGACAGGUUUAAGUACAAAGCAGACACUCUGAAAACAGGGCAGAAUCUCACAGAGGAGCAUCCCUGGAUCGACUACACAUCCCCAUCACUCAUCACGCUGCUGGUCACAGACCUGGGUGUGUUAACUCCCUCCGCUGUCAGUGAUGAACUCAUCAAGCUCUACCUGUAACACACAGGACUCCCUGCACGGGAUGUGUCAUCUUCAGUGACCAGCAGGGCUGUAGGACUUGGAAGAUGGUACAAGUUACAGGAACGUGGCAAGGAAACGACAUCAUAAGGAUUAAUGUCAUUAUGGAGCACUCUUCAAAAAACUCCAGAAGCUCCUACAGCUUCUACAGACCUAAAGUAAAUUAUUUUAAAGAUGGGUGGAGUAUUUUGAUACUGUAAAUUAAAGUACCUUAUGGUGUAUUCAGA